GGGGUGAUAGCAUUCAGGUCCACGAGGAAAUUUUCUUACCGGCAGCUCCUCUAACAUAGAAGGGAGAUCGGGCCAGAGAUCUCUGGGAAGUCAGUGACCAUGCCGACCUCCUCCACUCAGUUGCCAGCCCUUGACUCUAUCAACUCCACCCAGCAACCCAACUCCAGCAUCUACUUGUUCUCCAAGUUCAUCCACCCCGACAAAGAACUGUAUACAGAAUUUUACAACCUGUGGAUUGCCUUGAUGGUAGUCAAUGCCAUCAUUUUCCUGGUAGGUGUUGUGCUGAACAGCUUGGCGCUAUAUGUCUUCUGCUUCCGUACCAAGACAAAAACCACCUCUGUUAUUUACACCAUCAAUUUGAUUGUUACUGAUCUCUUGGUGGGCUUUUCCUUGCCUGUCCGGAUCAUCAUGUUCUAUAGUGCAGGGGACUGCCUGAAUUGUUCUUUGGUUCAUAUCUUUGGCUACUUUGUCAACAUGUACUGCAGCAUCCUCUUCUUGACGUGUAUCUGCGUUGACCGCUAUCUGGCAAUUGUACAGGCGGAGGCCUCACGUAAAUGGAGGAACCCCACCUGUGCCAAGGGGAUCUGCGUCUUCAUUUGGAUCUUUGCCACUGUGGUGACUUUCUCCAUCCUGACGAUGGCAAUACAGUUUGCUGCAUGCUGCCUCUCCAAGAUUCUGGUCCUGAUGGUCUGCGAGUAUUUCUUCCCCCUCAUCAUAAUAAUCUUCUUCACCACCCGGAUUAUGUGUGCUCUGUCCAAGCCCAGCCUUAUGCACCAGAGUCGGGAGAGGAGAAUGAGGGCUGUGCAACUCCUUAUCACCGUCCUCAUCAUCUUCAUGAUCUGCUUCACUCCUUUUCACGUGCGACAGGUAGCAAUCUCCAUGAACCCAGACAUGCCCCAUGAUGUCAGCCUCCUCGUCUACCAUGUGACAGUGACUCUGAGUAGCCUCAACAGCUGCAUGGACCCCAUUGUCUACUGCUUUGUCACCAAUAACUUUCAGUCAACCAUGAAAAACAUCUUCAGGAAAACUGAGCCAGAGCAAACCAGUGUGGACAUCCUGGGUAUGAACAAGAACUCCAAAGGUGCCAAUGCAAUCAUUGCCUUCUCAAACACAAUAGGAAGCCCUGUGAACUUGCCGUCACCAAGCAGUGUCCAGAUAUAA